AUGGGAAAUCAGUCUUUAACAGAAAAUAGCAUUGACUGCGAGUCCCAUCGCGAACCAAAGAACGAAGAAGAGGCCAGACAGGACAAGAAUUUAGAAGAAAUCGAUAAACUUAAAACACACGGCUCACGCAAUGAUAGUGAGAAUCCAAAUCUUGAAAGAGCACCAGGAAAUACAUUAGAUGCAACUGGAAAUAUACACACCACAGGCGAUAAUAAUCAUCGUGCCACUCAGCAAACAGGUCCUGGUACAGCAAUUCUUCCUAACCCACCAUCUCCUCAACCACCCACACCACCAAAAGAUGGCGAAAAUUAUAGCGGCGGGGAUACUUCACUAGGCCAAGAAAUCAACAAUGUCCAUAAAACUACCCUACGGACACCCAAACCAACCAAUACUAUUGGCAAAGAACAAGCUCUCCAAGACUCUAGUCAGCUGGCCGAUCCUGCCGAUAACCCUCACCACCAUCACCAUCAGCAUAGUUUCAGCUUUACACCAGAUAAAAAUUCCUUGUUGACGCCAAUUGAUCCUGGAAAACUUGUUUCCGGAUUGGAAAUUAAUGCAUUAAAGUAUAUCACAGCUACAUGCAUUAUAUGCUACAUCUGCGGAAGACUUGAUUAUAACAUUUUCUUUGGCAUAUUCUGUGCAGUGCUAGGUAAGCCAAAUAAACUUACUGACUUGA